AUGGCAGGCAUGCAACUAGCACCCUUCACCCGUCGACAAGCCCUCUACCCCGAACACCCCACCCCCUCCCUCGGCGGCGUCCCCGUCUCUGUGUACGGACGACGCCGCACCGUCCCGGAUACGUAUGUCAACCUAUCCGGGUCUACAGCCCAUCUCGGACGCUACCAGGGCUUGGAUCAGAGGGGCAUGGGCAUGGGGAUGGCGCCGUUGAGACGGAUGGCUGUCCAUGGGAUGGGUGCGCUGAUGGGGUAUUAUGCGGCUCCGGAGGAGAGUAUGCAGUUGGUUAA